AUGGAGCAAAACUUAAAAUUCAUCGGAGAAUUGUCCGAGGAGAUACAAAGCACGGCCACGAAGGUCCUGCCGGACAUCAAGGGAGACUUUAAUGCGUACAAAGAUUUCAUGGAUCAAGUAAUGAAAAAUGUUCGUGUCCCCGAUGGCGUUACCACCUUAUUUGUUCUACUCUCUGUAUUUGCAGUUAUUUCUUUAUACAAUAUCACCAAAAUGGUUAGUGCGCUCAGAACCCAUACAAUGGCCAAAUUUUUAGUAUUAUACCUAGGGUUCUACCUGUUUGCGUAUAGCGGUUUUUUUAGGUACCCAAAAAAUUAA